UGAGCGCUGAGAGGCGUAAAUAUUGUGGCAGUGUUGGUGUUGAGUGCAGAAAGAGCAGGGUUUGUGCGUGUUCUGGUGCGGGAAGCGAACAGAGGGAAAGAAGGGAUCGAGCGAAACCUAGUGAAAGCACGUCGCAAGCAUUCAGUAUAAACACCUGCUGUUGCAGCGGUUUCAGGUGGACGCGGGUCGGUGGCGUGUCAAAUCCGGGGACCACCACCAACACCCGAGGAGGGCACGUAAUCUCAACACACAAGAGAGAGGGGGCAGGACACACACGUGAUGAGCGCGUCUCAGGAAGAGUCACAGGGGAUGACCACCGCUGCGGAGGAGAGCCAAGACACCCCUGGGGACUCCUUGGAUGACACGCAAGAGUCGAAGGAGGAGGAGGAGGAGGAGGAGGGCGGCGGCGGCAAGAAGAAAGGCAAGAAGAAGAAGGCGGAGUUGCCGAUCUUCACCAAGAGGGAUCCCAUCGAUCGUGUCCCCCUCCCAUCCACCGGGACGACCUUCACCGUGCUGUCGUGGAACGUGAACGGCAUCCGAGCGACCGCCAAGAAAGGCCUGGAGCCGCUGAGGCGUAUGGUGAAGAAAGAGAUGCCCGAUAUCAUCUGUUUGCAGGAGACCAAGAUCCAGGAGAAGGACGUCGAAGCAUUGAGGGCACAAGAUAUUCUCCCCGGCUACGCUUCGGAGUGGAGCUGCUCCCGGACGAAGUUGGGUUACUCGGGCACGGCGGUUUUCUUCACCAAGCAGUCCGACCCAUGGAAGGGGGACGGGGGUGGAAUAGACGCAACGGGCAACGGGUUUCCAUCCGAUGAGCCGGCGAGGAAGAAGCUCAAGCAGGGAAAAAUUUCCACGUUUUUCUCCCCGAAGCCUAGCAAGAAGUCGGUGAAGGGGUCAGCGCCGGAAAGUGAGACACCGACACGCGCCCCUGCGGCAGAACCGGCAACGUCCGCGGCGGCAUCGACGAAUUCGGCGGAUUCUUUGCCCGGGGGCCGCAGCGGAUUCAAGGUGCUGUCGGUUCGGUUCGGCAUUGGGGGUGACUCGAAGCACAACAACGAGGGCCGGUCGAUCACCGUCGAGUACGAGAAGUUGUUCGUGGUGACUGUGUACGUGCCCAACUCUGGAGAAAAGCUGGUGCGCCUUGAUUACCGCACCAAGGAGUGGGACGUGGCUCUGAAGGCCUACGUGGAAUCUCUGGAGGCGCGAGGGAAGCCGGUAGUGCUCACUGGUGACCUCAACGUCGCCCAUUUAGACCUCGACAUCUACAACAGAGGCGCGAAGCACUUGCCGAAAAACGCCGCCACGACCAAGGAGGAGCGGGAUUCGUUCGACUCGUGGGUUAACGGGGGAAAGGUUUCGGACGCGUUCCGACGGUUACACCCGGACGCCGAAGGGGCGUACACCUACUGGAGCGUUCGAACCGGCGCGCGACCCGUCAAUAGGGGGCUACGACUGGACUACUUCGUGUGCUCUAAUGCCGUUUUCGAGGAGGGGGCGGCCGAGGGGGGGCAAGCGAAAGCGACGGCAAGGCGGGCGAAAGGCAGCGCGCCCAAGGGGGAGGGGGCGACGGGCGCGAAGGGGAUGGUGGUGCACGACUGCUUCAUGCUGGACGAGGCGACCGUGGGCGUGAGCGACCACUGCCCCAUCGGAAUCACGCUUCGCUCGACGUGAGGACACCAUAAAUGACGCAGGUCCUGCUGCCCAUGUAUGAGUCACGCUCCGUCCAAAAUACAUGCAACAUCUGGUAGAGUGGAGGCGAACACAACGGAUCGGACCGUCCAGCAACGCGAUUUGGUAGCGCUACCGGUCGCUCAGAGGAGAAGAAGAGCACAGAUGCUGCAGCUGUUCGUCGUUGGGUAUUGAAACGCUAGGGAGUCCGUGGUUGGCUAUGCAACUUCUGUGUGUUGAAAUAAGCUACGCCGCCGGGUGCAGUUAAUG